AGUGUUCAUUCGACCUCCUACGCCUUUUUCACAGCUUACUGCCCAGUAAGUAGUAAUGAGACUUCCAUGGGAUAUUUCAUUUGUUCUAGUGUGACAUACGACUUAAAAACCUCGUGAAAAAAACUGUUAAUUAGACAGGAUUUGUCAAAUAAAUAGCUAGGCUUUAAGUGGCGUAUUUAUGAACGAAAUUAAUCCCAAACGCGUUCUGAAAUAUUGCUAUGAGUUGGAUAUUUUUUAAUCAAUCGUCAGAUGUGAAUGAAUCUAAUUUGUGAAAAUAGUCUUUUAAUGAUAAUUGUUAUACUUGACAUAAGAAUUGAGGAUCAACAAUCUUUUCGAAGUAAAGUUACCCUACUUAGUUUUAAGACCAACUAAUUUUUACUUACUUGUAAUAUUUAAAAAUAGGAUAGGUCAAUUUAAUUUACUUGUAUUCGAACUGAGCAUUUGAGACUUGUGUGGGAUCAUGUUAAAAGUAGACUUCGUUUGUUUGUUGUUUUUUUUUUGUUUUUUUAAAGUGGUGGUAUAUUUUAAUUCUUUGAGGAAACUGGUUUAAAUUCAAUGAAAUUGUUAGACCCUGAAAUGGAUGGGAGGACUUUGUGAUCGAUACGUGGAGUAAAGAUGAAAUAUUUCCAUUAUUUUUGUUUCAGGUCAUGUUUACAUUGCUGUUGAUCGCGUGCCUGGCCACUCUGUCAGUUCAUGGCAUGCCACAUAGGCUAAACACUGGUGUUUUUAACGGUUACCAUAGUUACCGCCUGUCCUAUGCACCCUACUCAGCCACAUUCAAAGAGUUUCAACAAUUUUUUGGUAUGUCCACUUAUUAGAAUUCUGAACUUGAUGUUUUUUUCUAAUAAUUUUUUUUUGGGGUAUUAUUCGGCCCUCUCCUUAUUAGUGAUUGUUAGCAGUUAAUGUACAGUUACCUAUCUAAAUAAACUAUAAUAAUAUUUUAAGUAUACACUCAAUUUUUAUUUCCAAAUCAAAUGUAUUUCCCUUGAUGAGGUAAUUAAAUCUCUUAAAUUGUGUUAUUCCUACUCCUAAGCAGCAGCUUCUUAACAGAACUCAUGUAAUGUGGAAAAUAUUUGAAUUUUAAAAAAUACACAAUUUAAAGCCUUUAAUAUGUUUGCAGACAAGACUUAAUAGAUACUAUAUUUUUAUUUUCCUAUAUUACGAAAUACUUGAUUUUCUUAAUUCUACAGGCAAGGUCUACGAAACUUUCUCUGAGUCCAAUCAACGUUUCAACACCUUCAUUGAAAACAUCAAGAGAAUUGAAGAACACAAUCUCAAGUUCCACAAUGGACAAGUCUCAUACUUCCUUGGUCUUAACCAAUUCUCUGACUUGGUAAGUCGUUUCUUCACUGUCAUGGUCAGUUGGUUAACUUGCAUUAGUGGAAACCAAUUUUAUUAACAUGGUGCGCCAUUUCCACUGGUGCCAACUGACUUGUAGGAAUUUGGUUGUUUAACAGCCCACUUGGAAAAUUGCUAAAAUUUAAAUAUGUAAUAAUAAAUGUUUCUGUAUCUCUUCUAAAGACAUUGGACGAGUACCACCAGCUCAACCACCUUGGCAAAUACUCCACAAUCAAAUCCCGAGCUCUGACCAAAUGUUUCAUCUACGAACCCAAGAACUCCGCCCCUGAUGCCAUUGAUUGGAGAGCUAAAGGAGCAGUCACCGCUGUCAAGGAUCAGGGCCAGUGUGGCAGUUGCUGGACAUUCAGUGCUGUAAGUUUUAACUAGUGUACAAUAACAAAGAUUGUAUCAUAGCUUAAUUGACGAGGUCGUAAAUUUUAAAUUUUUAAAGAUUUAUCAUGAAGCCUAUUGGCAUUACCUUUCACAUUGUUAACAGGCAAACGGCAAUUAAAGAAUGAGUGAAUUAAUUAUGAAGUCUGUGGUAAGACUAAUUUUAAUCAGUAAAUUUACUGUCCCAGCCCCACCCACCAUUAUUUGUACCAUAUAUCUUCUCUCUUCUACAGACAGGAUCAAUCGAAGGUCAAAACUUUAAAAACACAGGAAAACUCCUGUCCUUCAGUGAACAGCAGAUUGUUGAUUGUUGUCAUGGAGAUGGCUGUGCUGGAUGCAAUGGCGGUUACAUGGACUCAGCCUUUCAAUACAUCAACAAAACCGGCGGCUUGGAGCUGGAAUCUGACUAUGCCUACACAGCGCAGGUUUAGUUUUUUUUCCAACUUGACCUUAUUUAAAAACUUGUGGCGCUAUCUUUCAAAGAAUAAUUCAAUGGAUGAACUGACCCAGAAAUAGCCAAAGAUUUUGUUUGAUUUUCUAGAGCCAUAUAGUGAUUUUAUCAGUCACAGAAUAACUUGUAUCUUUUAUAUGAUUUUAACCAGGAUGGAACCUGUCGUUUUAGCCAGUCCUUGGUGAAGGUUAAGGUCACCAACUGCCUUGACAUCAAAAGGGGAGACGAGGUUCAUCUGAAGGAUGCUCUGGCCAAUGCUGGACCAGUGUCAGUUGCUAUUGAUGCCAGUCAUCCAAGCUUCCAAUCUUACGCUGGAGGUCAGUAGACAUUUAACCGUAAGGCUUUUCAUUUCUGUUUUAAAUAUCAUCUAAUCUGGUUUGCAUGAUUGUUAAUAACAAGACUCUUGUUAAAUAUGUUGAUCUUAAAACACUUUGGUAUUAUAAUUUUUAAUUUUACUUUCAGGUAUUUAUGAUGAGAAAGAUUGCAGCAGUUCAGAAUUGGAUCAUGGUGUUUUGGUUGUUGGAUAUGGCACCCAAGACAAAGCUGAUUACUGGAUUAUCAAGAACAGGUGACAGACUUUACUUUAAAUCAUAAUGUAAUAACGUAGUGGAACUAAGAUUCAGUACAGAUAUUUUCAAAGCACUUUUGAAUAAGAUUAAACAAGCUGAUGCCACAUGGCAUGAAUGUCAUGUUCUCAUUCACCUGUUAAAAUUUUCUCCACCCCGCUCCUCAUUACGACCAAUCGCAGUUGACUUACUUUUCCAUUCUUUUGUCCCGUUUUGCCUGUAUUUAAUCUCCCACUUAUGUUCUGUCACAUUCCUUUUGCUUUCCUCUCACAUAUGGUCUGUUAAAUUCCUCUUGCUGUCAACUCAACUUAUGUUCAAUCAAAUUCCUCUUGCUUUCCUCUCACAUAUGGUCUAUCACAUUCCUCUUGCUGUCCUCUUAGAUACAAGUUACGUUUUAUUUUUAUUCAGUUUUUGUUUGCUGAUGAAGGCUUCUUGCCAACAUGUUCAUUGCUUAGAUGCAUUGCUUUUUUCAGGGUCUCCCGUACAUCGAUGAUUUCCACUUUUCUAACCUGAUAACAGUCUCUUCCCCUUAUUACCAUUAAAUAAGAGAGCAGGCAAUGCAUUUGUAUUUUAAUCCUCUUAUAAUACUUAUCCACACAAAUUUUAAAACCUUUAUAUUUUUUUCCUCUUCCACAGCUGGGGCAUCACUUGGGGAAUGGAAGGUUAUGUGCUGAUGCCAAGAAAUGCCAAGAACCAAUGCGGCACUGCAACUUUGGCCAGCUUCCCUCUCACUGCCUCCCCUUAAUGACGCCAUAACUUAGCUUGAUUGUGAUUUUUAUAUGUAAUUAGGAUUUUAAGUUCUCUGGGAUGUGCUGUGUGUAAUUUUUAAAGUUCUGUCCAGAAAAUUUUUAAUUUCACUGAUGUAAAUAGUGAGCUAUUCAAUCAUUGCUUCAUAUUUGAAUAAAUGAAUUUUUAAAU